UUCACUCACCAAAGCAUCACAUACACUAUUUUUCUCCUCUCCUUAUUGUCAAUAUAUUUUUCCUCUUUAGCUUUUUCAUUUCGAAAUGGCCACCGUUGAGGUUGAUCAAGUGACUCCAGUAGCAGUAGAGAACGUUGAGGUACCAACAAAGACAGUGGAGGAGCCAGUGGUGGAGACAGAGGUGACCCAACAGCCUGAAGAAUCCGUCCCCGCCGUGACAGAACAAGAAUCCGAAGCACCAGUUGUAGAAACGAGCGAAGAAGUGGUUGUGGAAGAGGCAGAGAAGAAAGAUGAAGAAACCGAGAAGAAAACAGAGGAGGAAGAAGAGAAGACAGAGGUGAUCACGGAAACUCCGGCAGUUGAGGAGGAGGAGAAGAAAGCUGAGGAAGUGACAGAAACUCCGGCGGUUGUGGAGGAAGAGAAGAAGACAGAGGCGGUGGAGGAGAAACCGACUGAAGUUGCGGCUGCUGAGGAAGUCGCCGUGGAGAAGACCGAGGAGUAAAGAGGAAGGAAGAAGCUAUAUAUAUGACCUCUUUUGGUCUUAUAUCGUUUUCUGUUUAUUUUAUUUUAUCAACAUUUCAUAAGUAUUUGCUAUGUUUGUCUGGUUUGUUAUGAUGAAAUCAGAUCUUUGAAUCUUUUAAUUGGUGCUACAUUGUUUACAU